UAUAGAAAAUCUACUUUUUCAAACUGAAUAGUGCAAUCCAUAUUUGUCAUUUAAUUUCUAAAUCUAGCAUCUUCCCUUCUCUAUUAAAGAAACUAACUAAACAAGUUAUAAUUUCUUCAAUUGUAGAUAUGGCAGAGGAGUGGAAGCACACUGUACUUCUUGUGAUUGAUAUGCAGAAAGAUUUGAUCUUGCCGUACAGUCCGGCCGCUGUGAAAGGUGGUGAAGCUAUUGUGCCAAAUGUUAUCAACGCCGUUGAAGUAGCUCGAAACCGAGAUAUUCCGAUUAUUUGGGUUGUUCGUGAGCACGAUUCUCUUGGGAGAGACGUGGAAUCAUUCCGCAGGCAUUUCUAUGCUUCAGAUAAAACAAAACUACUCGUAAAGGGUAGUCCUGGCGCAGAACUAGUAGAAGGUCUCGAGAUCAAACCCCACGACUAUAAACUGAUAAAAACACGAUUUAGCGCGUUCCUUAACACGAACCUUCACUCAUAUCUACAGGGAGCUGGAAUCUACAAGAUAGUAGUAUGUGGGGUUCAAACUCCAAAUUGCAUAAGACAGACUGUGUUUGAUGCGGUCUCGUUGGACUAUGAUGAGGUUACUGUCAUUGUUGAUGCAACUGCUGCUGCCACGGCUGAAAUUCACAAUGCCAAUGUUGUCGACAUGAAGAACAUCGGAGUGGCAACGCCAACACUCGAAGAAUGGUGUCAUACCAAUAACUAGUAGUAGUACAUUAUCUAGCUGCUAAGAAACCUCAUAAAACUAAAUAAGAGGAUCGAUCAAUCAGAAAUGUGCUUUUAUUAGUUAAAAUUUCGGUACUCCCUCCGUUCCCUCAUAAUUGAGUAAUUUUUUCA